AUGUUUAAAUCGAUAUUUCAAACCGGAAUAAGGGCUGCAUAUAAUGUACUGGAGAAUCCAUCAUUUGUUUCUGAACCAUGGUAUAUAUAUCCAGCCAAGCAUAAAUCGACUGGUCGAAUUGUAUCAGUAUUUAUAUUUGAUAAAUCUAAAUUUGAAGCUACUGUAAAUCGAUUAUGUUCGACUUCAUCAGUUUCUAAGAAUCCUAAAGUUAUUAUAGGAGAAGCAUAUGAAUUGAUUAAAUUUGAAGUUAAUCAAUUAAGUAAAUUAAAACAUCCCCAGAUAUUACAAGUCUAUGAAGUACUUGAAGAAACAAAACUGAAGUUUAUAUUUGUUAGUGAACCAGUUAGUGAUAAUUUACUUACUGCUAGUAAUUUAAAUAAAGAUGAACUUAAUAUUCAAAAGGGUCUAUUACAAGUAUCUAAGGGACUUCAAUUCUUACAUAAUUAUUGUUCAAUUAUUCAUUUCAAUUUACAACCUUCAUCAAUAUUUAUUAAUAAUCAAGGUGAUUGGAAACUUGGAGGAUUUAAAUUUCUUCAAAAUUUAAAUGAGAUUAGUCCAUCAGAACGGGAUAAUUUUUAUAUUAUGAAUAAUACUUCUUUAAUCCCAUUUGUUAAUCUUAAUUUAAAUUUUACAGCUCCUGAAUUAAUCCUUGAUACUCAACUGAAAUUAGAUUUUGCUAAUGAUAUUUGGUCUUUAGGUUGUAUCAUAUAUUAUUUAUAUAAUGAUGGUGAUAUGUUAAUAAAUUGUUUUGAUUCAAAUAGUAUAAAUGAUUUUAAAGGUGAGUUUCAAAAAUUUCAACAAAAAUUUUAUAAUCAUAGACCUAAUGAAUUAAAAUAUAUGUUAAAGAAUAUUCCAGAAAGUUUAUAUCCAAUUUAUCCUCAAUUACUUGCUAGAUAUCCUCAUGAUAGAUUAACUAUUGAUCAAUUCAUAGAUUCAGAUUAUUUUAAUGGUAGUUUAAUAAAGGCUAUGUGGUUUAUUGAUGAAUUUUCUACAAAGACUUUAGAUCAAAAAUUAGUAUUUAUGAAUGGACUUUUAGAACCAAAGGCUGAUCAAGGUGGUAAAGAUUUAUUAUCAUUAUUCCCGGCAGUUUUUAAAUCACUGAAAUUAUUACCUUUACUUAUUGAUUUCUUAACUAAUGAAUUGAAUGUAUUGAAUGGAGCAACUCCAAUUGAUCCAGAAACUGAUAAAUUAGUAUCUAUUUCUUUAGAUAUUGCCUUAAAGAUUGGAUCUUCUAUUUCUAAUCUCAGUUUCCAAGAUAAAAUUUAUAAUGUAUUGUUUGUUAAUGAUAAAAAGAAUAAAAAGGCUCCUGAAACAUUUAAAAAAUUAAUUAAUGCAUCAGUUAAAACUAGAUUAACAUUGAUAGAAAAUUCAGCUGUUUUACAAUCUAAAUUACAUGACAAACAAAUGGUUGAUUUCUAUAAGAGUGUAUUGGAAUUAGUAUUAACAUCCAGUAAUAAUGAAGCCAAUUCUCGUCAAGAUCAAAUUAAAUUACAAGAUACAUAUUUGCAAUAUUUUACUAAUAUAAUUGAUAAAUUUGAUUUCCCAUAUAUUAAGAAUACUUUAUUUCCAAUGUUAUGUCAAGUAUUCAAAACCACCACUGUAUUAUCUACGAAAUUGACUACUAUUGAAGUAUUUGAAAUGUUGGUUGAUAAGAAAAUCAUUGAUAAGAUUAUUGUUAAUGAUCAAUUAUUCCCAAUAUUGAAGAAUUUAAAGAGUAGAGAUAAACGAAUUGUUAAGAGAAUGUUAAGUUUCUUUAUAAAGUUAGUUAAGAGUGAGCAUGUCAAUUUAGAAUUUGAGUCAGCAGUAGAAUCGAUUUUGCCUCAAUGUUUAAGUUUAGCAUUCAGUUGUAAUGACUGUACUCAAUCUGAGUUCAUACAAUUCAUGAAGAUUUGUAAUGAUAUACAGAAAUACUUGAUGGAUAAGAAAUUGUCCAAUUUACCAUUGCAAAGUGCCAAUGGAAGAGCUAAUGGUGAUUCAUUUGAUGGUAAUUUCGAUUCUUUAAUUAAUUCUCAAGUCAUUAAUGAAGGCAGCAAGGAUAAAAUUUAUAGGGGCCCUCUGACAAAAGUUAUGACUCCAACAACUCUUACUCCUACAAUUAAAAAGAGUAGUCCAAUUACCAAUAGAAAACCCCUACAUACAUCUGCUCCGAAAGUUUCCACCUUUCCAUCAUCAAAUGAAUCAUCCAAUUUAAAAUUCGGGGCUUCGAGUGCCUCAUCAAAUGUCAAUAAUGAUAGAUUACUCAAUACUUUAAAGAGUACAUACGAUCGUCCUUCCAAGAUCUAUCAUGAUGGAGAUGAUGAUGACGAUUUUGAAGAUUUCCAACAAGCCCAGGUCGUAACACCAAAGACUAGACCUCCAGUUAAUACUUCUAAGGAAUUACCCCAAAAGCCUAGCAUUAAUACUCCUCCAGGAUGGAGUCAACCUUUACAACCAACUAGUAGAAAACCCACACCCAAUACUACACCCAAUACAAAUUAUCCUCCUGGUUUCAACUCUAAUAUGGUAUUAACACCUAAUAGUUCUGGAACAAGAAGUGGCAAUAAUUCAUUUAAUGGAACUAAUCUGUCACCCCAGACUCCGCAGAAAAAUGAUGUACUCGAUUUUCUCUAA